AUGGUGUUUGGGGGUAUGUUUAACAUGAUGAUUUUUUCUCUUCCAGCCUUGGGAGCUGCUUAUGGAACAGCAAAGAGUGGCACAGGUAUUGCAGCCAUGUCCGUCAUGAGGCCUGAGCUGAUCAUGAAGUCAAUCAUCCCUGUUGUCAUGGCGGGUAUUAUAGCCAUCUAUGGCCUGGUAGUGGCAGUCCUCAUUGCCAAUGCCCUCUCACCUUCUAUCACACUAUUCAAGAGCUUUCUUCAGCUGGGUGCUGGCUUGAGUGUGGGCCUCAGUGGUCUGGCUGCUGGCUUUGCCAUUGGCAUUGUGGGUGAUGCAGGUGUACGGGGAACAGCACAGCAGCCUCGGUUAUUUGUGGGCAUGAUCCUGAUUUUGAUCUUCGCUGAAGUUUUGGGUCUCUAUGGCCUCAUUGUUGCCCUUAUUCUCUCCACAAAGUAAAUGUCACAGUAUGAUGUAAAGAGAUAUAACAAAUCCACAUUUAAAAAAAGCUCCAGAAUGAAAAUGGUCUCUCCAAUGUGUACAGUUGUCCCAAUUUGGUAGUUGAUCUCUUGUAAAUGCGCAAUGUAUGUUAGUGACUUGUCUGUCCUGUGUGUACUUCAAUAUUAAAUUGGAUGGGCUGCUCCAAGCCUGCUGUACGGCUUGGGGUGGCCUGUGUGCAAUUUUCCACCCAUUUGCUGUUAGUACUUUAUGUAUAAAUAUGAACUAGAAGUGUAAUUUUUUCUCUUCACUGGAUGUUUAUUUAUAAAAGACUUGACAUGUUCAUACAUCUAUGGAGCAAGGAUUUUCAAUUUCCCAUGCUAUAUAUACUAAUCUUAUAUAUAGGUAGAUUAUUACACUGUGGGGUCAAUUGUAAGUGCAGAGAAUUCCUUGGUUGUAAUUUUGAUUCUAAAGAUUGCUGUAGUGUCCUGAUAUUGGAGUAUGAGAAUUGUUUGUGUUAUAUUACAGCAAUUGUCAGAAACACUCCUGUGUUUCCAGUAGUAAAAGCAUAUGCUCCGGCAUCAAAGUCGUGCACCCAGUGUUGGGUUACAAAGUUAUACAAUGUUUCCAAAUAAAACUUCCUCACUACAUUGCUG